CGUAAGUAAUUGACUUUGGCCGCGCCUAUAGCUACCUUCUCGAUCUCCGUCCUCUAUCGGGAAAGCUGCGAAUAAAUCACAGACUCUCCUCUGAGAUCCUUGACCUGGUGAACAUUGACUUCCUUUUCUUCUUUGAACCAUUUACAGAAAGCAUGGAGUGCUGAUCUUGGCCCGUAUUAUUCUGUCUUCCGGGGCCAAAUCUGUCUGGCACGAAAGACGCUCUGCUUUAUCUGGUGCUCAAGGGCAAAAUGCUAGCCUACAUACCACAGAACAUGUCCAGAAAGAGAAGUGUACCCUUUAGAGCUACCACUACAACUGAUAGAAAUGAGGAGGCUCCACUGCCCAAGAGGACCCGUACUUCAACUGCAGGUGUCGCUUCCAGAUACAGAGAUAACAAUGGAGGAGAAGGACACCACUCUCUGGAUGUCUUUGUCCUUCCACAAGCCCCGAAAUCACGGAGAGUAGCAAGUCUGAAGGCACAGGUGGCCAACGCCUCUCUACUCCUUGCUGAGACGCGGCACCGCUCCAGAUCUUCGUCUCCUCAUGAAUUCAGCUCGGCUGGCGAGGAAGAAGGAUUUGGAGGAUUGCUGGUGGCAGAGGGUCCGUGGGGAAACACAUCUGUGGUGAGUGAGCGACCCCAAGGGAGAGUCACCAGUCAACAGAGUGGGAAGCCGGAACAGGCUGAGAGCUGUGCCAGUCCACUCAGUCCGCUCUCUUCCCUCGGGAGCGAGUGGGAAGAAGAGAAAACCAUGGGAUCUGGAGAUGCUCUGUUGAAGGUGAAUGCAACGCCCAAGUUCAAAACCCCCGUCCUCAAUCUUGUGUCAGUGGUUGAAAAGACACAGAGCUGUGGGAAACAGAAACAAAGUAAAUCCCCCGGCCCCUCGAAAAAGCCACCUGCAUACCCACCGAUUCAAGGAUAUGUGAGGCGAAUGGCAAGCCUGAAUGCCCGGGCAUUUGUGAGUGCAAUGAUGGAAACAGGGAGACAGCCUUACAGGCGGAAAACAGCUCCAGAGUCUCCAGCCAACACCGUGAUUUCCAUUCCAAGGAGGAAAGCUACUGGCAGAGCUACAGCUACUAUCGCAAGCAGUGAAAUUCCAUCGGUCCAACCUACUGAGUCAGUAUCAGGUGCACAAAACAGAGCUUCCACAACAGAAGAAGAACCUGAGGCACUAUCUGAUUCCCUCGAGACGUUCUCAAAGCAGUGCACCUCAGACAAGGAAGCCACUCCUGAGGGUCCAAAUUUCCUGAGUCCCUUCCUGGGAAAAGGGCCAGGGUACGUGGUCCUUUGUGCUUCACCCAACACCCUGACGCAGUGUGGGAUUAUCAGAGGAGGGAGCUGCGAUGCGUCGACAUUCAACACCGAGGGUCUUCUGUGGAAUGGAGACACCAUUCAUCCUCAGGCUCGUGUCUAUCUCACUCCAGAGGGAGUGAUGCCUCGUUUGAUAGUCCCGCCCGUCUGCCCUGCCAGACCACACCGUGUCUCUGAAACAAAGGAUCUUGCACAGAGGCUCCAACUGAAGAGACUGAAAACACCGAAAGCAGUAAAGGGUGAUAAUGGUUGGUAUGCACAGGGAGAUCCCAUCAAGGAAGUGGUGCUUACACACAAGGAGGGGACUAGAGUGUCACGGAAGUAUUAUGCUGGAAUAAGGAGAAAGAAUGAGGAACUGUGGGUGAGGGAUUGCAUCACAGUGAGGUCGGGGAAGAGGAAGAAAGACAGACCCUACAUUGCAAAAAUCGGGAGCAUAUGGAGAGAAAACAGCGGUGCUGUAAUGGUGACUCUGUUUUGGUACUACCGUCCCGAGGAAGCUACUGGCAUACACCACACUGACUUCCAGAAAGAUGAACUAUUGGCUUCACAGCACUACGAUGACAACAGUGUAGCCUGCAUUGAAGACAAGUGUUACGUGCUCGGGCUCAGACAGUACUGCAGGUACCACGCACAGCGCGAAAGUACGGCGCAGGCCAUUGGGAAUUUGGACGGUUUCUCUGUAAUUCGGGGCAGCCCAAACGAAACAGGACAGCAUACGAAGCCGGCUUCCAGACGCAAGAAAUCAAAUCCCCACGUGUUUCUCUGUCACCGUGGCUACAAUCACAUAGCAGGAAGGUUACUGAAGAGUCAUAAGUACAAAUAAAUAUUGCUUCACUAAAGCUGUGCAUUCCUGUUUGUUGUAUCAUAUUUGUUUGCGGUCUUCAUUGAAACACAUGUUACAGUUUCUUGAUGGUUUUAUAUAUUAUUUUAUUGGUGCAGGCAUGUACAAAAUCGUGUGUUGGCCUCUUGCAAACGUG